AUGGAAUCUCUCGGUCGCCACUCUUAUAGCCGGAAGGAGAAAUCUCUCGGGGUGUUGAACGACGUCCUUGUAGCGAGAAGAGGGAAGAAUCAGUACUCGUGGAGAGGUUUUGGACAAGUUCCUCUUGUCCUAAGCCAAUUAAAAGAAGAAGGAAUGCGAGAGAAGUUUGGUAUUAUCCCAUGUGUGACUAACUCAGAGAUGGUGUUAUACGAUCAAGUAAGAGAAGAGCCUUUGAAGUUAAGUCCUGAUGAUCAAGAAAACUCGCCAUCCCCCAAACUUGACAGCAAGAAGGAGAAAUCUCUAUGGGUUCUUGCACAGAACUUUGUGAAGCUUUUUCUAUGCUCUGAUGAUGAUCUGAUCUCACUUGAUGGCGCUACCAAAGCCUUGUUGAAUGUAUCUCAGGAUCCGAUGAAUAUGAGAACUAAAGUUAGACGCCUAUAUGACAUCGCAAACGUGUUCUCCUCGAUGAAUUUAAUCGAAAAGACUCAUAUCCCAGAGACUAAGAAACCGGCAUAUAGGUGGUUGGGAGCCAAAGCCAUAUCAGAAGGCAGAUUCCUUUCUGCUCCUGCAAGCCUAUGUGAUAGCAUUGAGCCUAAAAAGCGGGUAUUCGGGACUGAGAUCACAAACUUUACCACAAAGAGAGCCAAAACUGAUUGUUCUAAAGACCGCAAGCACUACGAAAGUGAAAACACAUGCAGUGUAAUCAAGCAAGAACAAUGUGAUUCCAAAUCAGCCAUGAAGAGCCUUGUUGGACCAUUAUCUCCCGCCGAUACUUCCAAGAAGAGCAAUGCAGGAAAAAGCAAUAACCAGAGUAUUGAUGUUCUUGAGACCCUUUCUUCUAGCAACAGACUACAAUACUGCAAUCAUGAGUUAAUUGGUCUUCUUGGGCACUACACAGAGACAUGGAGGUCAUGGCAUGCUGAGUUUAGUCGGAAAUGA